UGUCCUUCCACACUGCAGCCCUGCUGCUUUUGGCCCCACAUGUGCUCAGCAGAGCCCAGGGCUGGCUGUGUGUUGCUGCCUUGGGUGCCCUUGGAGCAGCCCCGUUUGCAUGGACACACGUGAAGCACGGAUUUGUCUGGGGCUCCGCUCCGGAGAGCACGGCCCUGUGUGUGUCCGUGUGCGUCCCUGAUCGGGAGGGAAUGUCCCGACCGUGGCAGGGCCAGCGAGCACUGCCCUGGCCCUGCCCAGCCCAGAGCAGCAGCUGCCCAGGCUCACAAGCAGCCCGAGUGCAGCUGGCUGGGGCCGGCAGCUGCCCGCUGCAGGUGUGCGCAGGGCGGAUCCGCUUCCCGCGCGGUGCCGCUGGUGUGUGCGAUGGGACACGGCUGUCUCUUGUCGCCGGCCGUGCCCAAGGUGCUCGUGUCGCUCGUAGUGCCGGUGCCGUGAGAGGCGGGGCUGAGCCCCGGGGCGGAGCUGGCGGCGGCCCAGAGGAGGCGGCACGGCCGCAGCAGAGCCGGGGCUCAGGGGCACAGCGAGGCUCGGCCGGCGGAGCGGCGCCAUGCGGCGGGCUCGGGCCGCGGGGCUGCCGGCGCUGGCCGCGCUGCUGCUCGUGGCUUCAGGCAGAGCCCAAGUGCAGCAGGAGCCGUUCCUGGAGACCACCGAGGGCACCGGCAUCAACAUCACCUGCUCACAUCCCAGAAAACAGAUCGAGGAUUACAUCCAUUUCUACCGUCAGCUGCCGGGUCGAGCACCCGAAUUCCUCGCCCUCGCUGCUAGAGGCACCAAGGAUGUGCCGGCCAUUGCAGGAACGCUGUCGGUGUCGGAGGACCGGCGCUCCAGCGCGCUGUGGCUGGCUGUGCCCCGGCGCGGGGACGCGGCCGUGUAUUACUGCGCGCUGGGGACCCGGGCAGAGGAGCCGGGGCUGCGGCCGGGCACGAACCGCCGCGGGCGGGGCCGGGCGGGGCCAGCAGGGGCCGCUCCGCUCCCGGCUGACGCCGCUCGGCGGGGCACGGACCGAGCCGCGCCUGGAACCCGCGCCACCCCGAACGGGAACCACCACGGGCCCCGCACACGGCCUGGCCUCCUGCCAGAGACACCUCCGAGCACAAGGAUGCUGCCCUGCAAGGCGUACGAAACAAUUCUGCUGGAGAGGAACAUUUCAGCAGCGGUUGAGGCACUAAGGGAAGGGAUUUCUGAGCCUAUGGGCAGCCAAAGGAAGGCUCAGGAGACGUUGGCUCUGGAUUCAGGCAGAGCCCAGGUGGAGCAGGAGCCAUUCCUGGAGACCACCGAGGGCACCGGCAUCAACAUCACCUGCUCACACUCCAGCAAACGGAUGGGCGAACCGAUCCAUUUCUACCGUCAGCUGCCGGGUCGAGCACCCGAAUUCCUCGCCCUCGCUGCUAGAGGCUCCAAGGAUGUGGCGGGCAUUGCAGGAACGCUGUCGGUGUCGGAGGACGGGCGCUCCAGCGCGCUGUGGCUGGCUGUGCCCCGGCGCGGGGACGCGGCCGUGUAUUACUGCGCGCUGGGGGCCACGGGCACCACGGGGCAGGACACGGUCACCCAGGACGAUGGACCAGUCACGGUGGAGCAGGGACACCCCUUCCACACCACCUGCAAAUACCACACCAGUGGUUUUAGGGCAUUGCUGUGGUACCAGGUGCGGAAAGGCCAAGCCCCAGAGCUGGUCUCCUAUCAGGCAGGGCCUGGCCCCAGGCGCAGCGGCCGGAUCACCACGCACCUGAACACCACGAGAAAAUCCAGUGUCCUGCAGCUGGAGGAAGUGGAGCUCUCUGACACUGCCUU